AGACUUAAGUAUGUUUGGUGAGAAGGUGACAGUGUAUUUAUUUCCGUGGUGUGUGUUGGACGGUCAAGUGUUGUGAGAGGAGCGAGUGUAUCGAUCCGCGUCAAGAGUGGCGAGCUCAGGUGUGGGUCAGAGGUGCUGCUGGUGCCUCCCUCUUAUUUAUCCCCUUUACUCCACUACCCACCGGAAUUGUGCCCGAGGAAUCAGUGUACACGUGCAGUGCGUGGGGGUAUUUAUCGGAAAACAUGAAAAUGGCUCGGGUGUGGCUGGGAUAACACCGGGAAAGAUGAGAUGAAGUGAGUGUGGGGCCGAGAGUGUGAAGUUGGCGGGUGAGGGCCGUUCAUGGUGCUGGAACUGAGGCUUUUUCGAGGCUGAGAGGAGGCUAGGAUGCAGAAGGGAGAGAGGCGAGAGCGUGGAGGCGGCGGAGGGACCAAGGAGCAGGACGAUCCGGCGUCUAGAAGGGUGUCGCGAGCCAGCACAGCUAACAGAACAGCCACUACCAUGCAGCCAGGGUCCCGCACCUCCUCCUCCUCCAACUCCCUGGAGCUCUUCGUGGGGCCAAACUUCAGGGUCGGCAAAAAGAUCGGCUGCGGGAACUUCGGCGAGCUGAGAUUAGGGAAGAACCUCUACAAUAAUGAACAUGUUGCCAUCAAACUGGAACCCAUCAAAGCCAAGGCACCUCAGCUCCACCUUGAGUACAGGUUCUACAGGAUGCUGGAUGCAGUGGGAGACAGCGACAGGCCGAGAGUAGAGGGCAUUCCUAGGAUUUACUACUUCGGUGUCUGCGGGAAGUACAACGCCCUGGUGAUGGAGCUAUUGGGGCCAAGCUUGGAGGACCUGUUUGAUAUGUGUGGCCGACGAUUCACCCUUAAGACAGUACUAUUAAUAGCCAUACAAUUAAUUAGUAGAACAGAGUAUGUACAUUCUAGAAGAUUAAUAUAUCGAGAUGUGAAGCCAGAGAAUUUCCUCAUAGGAAGAAGCUCCACUAAAAAAGACAAGAUUAUAAACAUCAUAGAUUUUGGUCUAGCAAAGGAGUACAUUGAUCCCACCACCAACAAGCACAUCCCUUACCGGGAGCACAAGUCUCUGACGGGCACGGCUCGCUACAUGUCCAUCAACACACACAUGGGCAAGGAGCAGUCCCGCAGAGACGACUUGGAGGCUCUCGGUCACAUGUUCAUGUACUUCCUCCGCGGGUCCCUCCCCUGGCAGGGCCUCAAGGCGGACACCCUCAAGGAGCGCUACCAGAAGAUUGGAGACACCAAGAGAGCAACUCCUAUUGAAGUUCUCUGUGAGAACUACCCCGAGGAGAUGGCGACGUAUCUGAGAUACGUACGGCGGCUUGACUUCUUCGAGACUCCAGAUUAUGAUUACCUCCGAAAGCUGUUCCAGGAUCUGUUUGAGCGGAAAGGCUACGUGGACGACGGGGAGUUUGACUGGACCGGCAAGACUAUGUCCACACCAGUUGGGUCAACGCAGACAGGGACUGAAGUCAUUGUAUCUCCGAGCAGAGAGAACCGAGAGAGGCACCCCACAGCCACUAAGGGCGGCACCAAGGGUACGGCAGCCUGGCCCGAAACCCCCAAGCAGGCAAGCAACAUGUUAGGCGGCAACCUCACCCCUGCAGACCGCCACGGCUCCGUCCAGGUUGUGAGUUCUACAAAUGGGGAGCUUGGCCCUGAUGACCCUCUGGCCGGCCACUCCAACACCCCCAUCACUGUCCACCAGGAAGGAGACACCUCAGAUGAAACAAAAUGUUGCUGUUUCUUCAAAAGAAAGAAGAAGAAGGCAGGGCGUGGCAAGUGACUGGCAGUGGUGCAGUGCUCCCCGGAGAGAGAAGCCAUUGCGGUGCUGCUGCCAGCCUCACAGUCGCAGUCCAAUGAGAGCAUCCUCAACCCUCAGGCACCGCCACCAGGGGGCGGGCAACAAGCCAACCCCCACAAGCACUGAUCACUCGACCAUUACCUCAUCACCACCGGAAGCGCUGCAUCUCCAGUGUAGUCAAGUACUUGCCUCUCAAGAUGUGGAAUGGAGCCUCAUGCUUACAUCUGUGUUGUGUAAAAAUUUGUUGUGACCCCAUCCAGCACAUUUAUGUACUGUUAUGCCUGUGCUGCGAUGAGCCGUGUGUACCGGGAGACGGUGGGUGGUGACCGAGCCUUACAACUUGGUCCGGUGAUUCUGCUUAUAUAUUUUGCUGUACACACAUCUGGAGUGCUGGAAGAUGGUUUGCCAAAGCAACUUUUAUUUUGGACAACCUAUAUUGCAUCUGUGUGGAAGAAAUUAUAGAGAAAUUAUUUUCAGCACCUUGAUCUUAAUGGACACUGAGCUUAAUGUAGAAAAGAAGUGUGCAAUAAAGAUAUACUCAGUUCUAUACUUCAUUAGAUGGUGAUUGCUCUUGGCAGAAAUCCGUUUCCUGUAACAAAGGGAAAACAUUUUGUUGCCAGACAGAAUGGACUUGAAGAGGGCUGAGGUGGUGGUGGUGGUUAUGGCAAGUUGGAGGUCACCAAGAGUUGCUUAGUUUGGAUUGAAGCCCAUGUUCCCUGGGAUUCCCCCCCCCUCACCCACCCACACUAGGCCUAGCCUGUAAAAGUGGUAAGUGCAGUCCUUUCUUGCUUUUGUGACUCAUCAGUGUUUUAUUUUACCUAUUUAUAAUGAAUACUGGGAUGCUCAUUGACGGUCACACAAAGCUGAAAGCGACUGACUUAGUCACACUUGUUCUGUGAUUAUUACUCAUGACGAGUUCUGCUGCUCGUUCACUCCAUCUACCAAAAAGCGAAUGAACUAUUGUGCUUUGAGGAACUUUUUUAGUCAAUUUAUUUAUUUUUUUAUUUAUUUUAUUUUAUUUUAUUAUUUUUUUUUUUUUUUUUUUUUACCAAGUGACAUCCUAUUUCCUUUUGUAUUUAGUUGCCUUGGGGAGGUACUAGUGUUUACACAUUUUGGGACAACACUUGUUUAGAUGUAGCUUGGUGGAAGCAAGUCAUGACCAAGGGAAAUGGGAUAUAUAUUUUUUUCUAAUGUCCCUGUGUUGGUACCAAACUGCAAUCCAAUGUCAUAGCUAUAUAAUCUUAAUAAUAUUAUUUUACCUAUAAAUUAUAACAAAAUAUAUUUGCUUAAAUUCUGAACAAGCAGUGUUGAUUCUCAAUAUUGUUGAAGGUCGGCCAUCAAGGAAAAGGUCAAUGGUACAGUGAAACUGUCAGUGUUCCAGGCUGUGUGGAACAAGGAGGUCUUGAAAACACGAGGAGUUCCCAGUGCAAAACAGACAGAGGCACCAGCUGAAACACAUGACACUCAGCAGUCCCGUGUCUGGGGGUUAGUGGACCAAGGGUCAUGUAAGGAGAGCGGGCCACCAUGUGGAGCAGGGCGGUAGUCAAGCGAUAUUCCCUUACCAAGAGGAAGUGGCAAAAAUAAACAUUGUUCAGCAGUAACAUCUAUUUACUAACUGUUGGUUUAUAAUUUAUGUAGGAACUGAUAACAAAAAGUAAAAAAGCAGAUGUAUUACAGGCAUAUAAUUAUUCCAGUUUUUCAUUACUUUGCUAGUCCUGAGGCUUUGGAAACGUGCACAGUGGAAGGUUGGAUGAGUGUUGGGAAAUUCACCUGAGUAGACAUGGAAUGACAGUGGUCUUUCAUGGUCUUGCAGUAUUUUCCUCCUGACCUUGUGUUACACCAUGAUCUCGUGCCCCAGGGCUUGUGUUGGCAGUGUCCGGCCUACCUUCUGUUGUUAGGGAGCUUUGUGUGGCAGGGUAGGGACUUAUGAUAUUUUUAUGUUUAACACUUCGUCAGAAUAGAAAACUUAGCCACAUAGAAAACAAUAAGUAAAGGAAUUGUUUUUGUCAUCCAAAGCUUUCAUUCAUUUGUUUUAUUAUUUCCAUUAAUAUAAAUUAUUUUAUUCUUAUAUCCAUCCUUGGGCACCUUUUUUUUAUCAUCAUCUUUUCUUUUAGAUUCCUCCUCAUUCUCUCUCUUUGUUAAGAGAGGUCAUCAUUGUCUUUUAUUUGUUUUUGUCACAAUUGAUAUUGCCUGUUGAGGCUCUUGUAUUUUCCUAAUGGUCACUUCAGCUGUGUGGACUUGCCUACAUAUGGUCACAUUCUUGCUCACAUUUUAUGGAUGUAGUGAGGAAACUAAUAUAUUUAGGUGUAUAGAAAUAUUUAUUGAAUGCCAGUUAUCAGGGAAUACUGGUGUAUGAAUAUUAUUGCAUCUUAUUCUGUGCUGAAGCCAUUUUAUUCUGUCCAGUUUUUUAGGUAAAAGUUUGACAUCUUGCUGCUGAGCUCUUAGAAAUAGUGACCUGGUCCACAGACAAGUGAGUACAAGGCAAACAAUAAGCAAAGUGUAGUACUGUAUUGCCUUCCUUCACACUGGUGCUGAUGCCAUCUGCAACACACAUUGUGGUGGGUGUGGAUCCCAGUAAGGGCCACAAACUUCAUUCUGAAAUGAGGACAGAGAAUGGACCCUGGACUGAAGGAGUAACUGAUUGUGCCAGAUGGCUGAGGUGCCACAACAGUCGGCACGAUGGGCCUUGCAACAAGUAAUGAAGAAAUGGGUAGCAGCGUAGCGCUGGCGGCAGCAGCACCACCACCAGUGUUAUCACCAUCACCCAUUAUGCACCGUCAUCAGCAAUGAUAAACUUUAGUAGUAUACUGGUUUUUAAUAAUUUUUACACCUUCAGUGUACAUAGGAAGUUAUUAAAGUUUGCUGUUGUUUUAAGUUGAGUAUUGCUGAUGCGAUGACAAACCAUUUUGUAGGAAGCCAGGCUGAUGUGAUCAUCCCUCUACCGUCACCAUAGGUCUUGGCCGUCAGUGUCAUGUAUAUAUGUGAUUAUUCAUGAGCAAGUGGCUUGCUUCUCUUUGGAGGUCAGUGAUCAUGUUCGAGUGCGUGUGUGUGAGUGGAGACGGUAGUGUCAUCUGUGAUUUUCUCACUAGGAAUUAUCUGAAUGCUAAUUAUGAACUAAGUUGAGUAAGCCAAGUCACAAGAGCCUGUCACCCAUUUUUGGAAGUCGGCAAGUAGUAAGUUUUUUGUAUAAUUUCGGAUAUGGAUGUAACCUAUGACGGUCCAUUGAAGAUAGCCAUAGUGUAUUUCAUCUUUCUAUGAAGUUGUCCUGUGGUUUGUAAGGAUGAAGGAAAUCACUUGUUUGCCUGUAUGGAACAUACUGCUUCAAUGUGCUGUUAAUAAUAAAACUCAGCAUUUGUAUCCGUAUAAUCCAUAUAACUGGAAGAAUAUAAUAAUACUGUUGUUA